CAACUCUCAUUUCACCAUCCAUCAUUCUCAUAACCCAUUCUCCCAAAUCCAAAACCAAACACACCCAUCUCUGAUUUUGCUCAGUUGUUUAGUACCUUAAAAAUGUACAAAAAACCUGCAAAAAUUUAAAAUUUCUUUUAACAAAAAUGUGUUAUGUGGGAAAAGCAACAAAGAUUUUUAUUUUCAUAGUCACAGUUCUCGUUGUUCUUGGUUUUACAUUAGGCUUUGGUUUCCUCCGCCACGGUAUUCAUAAAUCUCACUCUUCUUCUCCAAUUUCAUUUCCUACCCCUAAUUAUCCCAUUAUUACUCAACCGCCCCCUAAUUCUAACCCUAUUUACAAUCAGCCCCCUUCUGAACAAAACCCACCUCCCCAGUUUUCUAAUUUGACUCCUCCUCCUCCUCCUCCGCCGCCGGAUAAUAGCGGCGGUAGUGAAGGUGGUGGUGUUAAUGCUUCUCCUCCGCCUCCGUCUCCGGUGUUUCUUUCUCCUCCUCCGCCGCCGCCAAUUGGUCCGGUUAUAGCCGGAGCACCGCCGCCCUCGUAUGCUCCGCCGAGUAACAAUGUGUUGGUGACUCCAGAUACUUGGGAGCAUUGCGGAAGCAUUUUGGUGCAAAAGAUGGAAAAGUCGACGAAAGAGAGGCGAAAGCUCAUUUGCAAUUCGGAAAAGCUGACCCCUCUACACUAUUUGACCAAUUUGGAUCGGUUAGAGGUCUCUAAUGAGUUUGUGUUCUUCAUAAGAGUUAAAGUAGACAUCCUGAGCUUUCCAAUGGUUCAAGAACCAACUCAUUUGGACAUUUCUACACCGAGUUAUGAAGUUUUGAAGUUCAAGGUUGUGGAGUCUGAAGGUUGCACGAAUCGUGCAACACAUUGCACGAAUCGUGCAUAAGUAGAGCAGAAGCAGAUUGUUCCCAGAGAUAUUGCACGAUCCGUGCACCCAUGUUAAGUUGGUUUGCACGAUUCUUGCAAAGCCUUAAAGUUAGAAUCGAAAAUCUGAAGAAAAGGACAAGGCUUAUGCACACUUCCUCUUUUGGCCCAACACUCUUUUGUAGGAUGUUUUUAUUUCCUUUUUGAGAACACUAUAAGUACUACUUUAUGAUUCAAAUUAGGUUAUGCAACAUUCAUUACUUUUA